AUGACGGAGCACUGUUUUGACUUCUCGCAGGAUGAGCUGGAUGAACUUCGGGCUGAAAUGGAAGAAAUGCGUGACAGCUAUUUAGAGGAAGAUGUUUACCAGCUGCAGGAGCUCCGGCGAGAGCUGGACCGGGCAAACAAGAAUUGCCGCAUUCUGCAAUAUCGUCUCAGGAAAGCGGAACAGAAAAGCUUGAAAGUUGCACAAACAGGCCAUGUGGAUGGAGAGCUCAUUAGGAGCCUGGAACAAGAUUUAAAGGUAGCCAAAGAUGUUUCUGUCAGACUGCACCACGAGCUGGAGAGCGUGGAGGAGAAACGUGUCAAAGCGGAAGAUGAAAAUGAAAUCCUUCGGCAGCAAAUUAUUGAGGUGGAAGUAUCCAAGCAGACACUGCAAAAUGAGCUGGACAAGUUAAAGGAG